UCUCCUCAGCACUCUCCUCAGCACUCUCCUCAGCACUCUCCCUCAGCACUCUCCGAUAUGCUAAUUGUCCCUCCGAACCAGCCAAUCCCGUGUUGCCACUGCAUCCCAUAUGCUAAUGGUCCCUCUGAACUGACCAAUCCUAUGCAUGCGCAUUAGGAAUAUGCUAAUUCGUUGCCUAUAUAACCUGUGUGAAACUGCCGCUCAGGGCUCCUCACUGCCUGAGGUGGGGGCCCGUUUGCGCAAACGUACAAUAAAAACCUCGUGCUUUUUGCAUCAACUGGUCUGGAGUCUGGAUCUUUGGGCGUCCUCCCGAGCAAGUGGGCAUCUCUGCAACUGAGAGGUCCUACAUUUGGCGCCCAACGUGGGGCUCGAGGUCGCCCUCAGACCCAUUCUCUGCAGGACCAGUUGGAGGUAUAAUUAAGUGUUUUCUGUCUGUUGUUUUUUGUCUUGAGUAUUCUGACUGGAUUCUGACUGAAGUAUUCUGACUGGCCAGUAUCUGACCUGACUCUGUGGGACCAGUGGGGGAGGCAGGCGUGCCCAGCAACCCCUGGUCCGUUCCCCGGAGGACGCUCCGGGUUAUGAGGGGAAACCCUCGGUCUGUUCCCCCGGAAGACGCACCGGGGUGGUCUGGAGGUGGGUCGGAGACCAAGUCUCCCUCCUUCCCGGGGAGGGCUGGUCAGGCAGCCGCUCCCAAAAAUAGCGCAAUAGCGUUCGAUUUGUCCUAGCCAUGUGGUUUGUCUUGUUUACUGUAUGUGUCUGUGUAUUGGCUGUUCUUUUUGUUUGGGCUGAAAUCCUUGCACACAUGGGUCAACAAAUAACCACCCCUUUAAGUCUCACUCUAGAUCACUGGAAGGACGUUCGAGAACGCGCGCGCCACCUCUCAUUGGAGGUUAAAAGGAAACAAUGGGCAAAAUUCUGUUCCUCAGAGUGGCCGGCCUUCGAGGUCGGCUGGCCAAGGAACGGCACUUUUAACCUCGAUAUUAUUUUACAGAUUAAGGAACGAGUCUUUCAGCCAGGAUCCGAUGGACACCCUGAUCAGGUGCCCUACAUUACCACGUGGGAGGAUCUUUCACGUAACCCCCCUCCCUGGAUAGAACCCUUCUCCUUCCCGACGGAGCCCAUACGUACCCCGUUACCCCCUCCUCCUAUCCCGGUUGUGCCAACCUCCUCCCUAUACCCUCUGAAGGAGAUUCGAGAUCCAAAACCUGACAAGCCACCGGUUCUUCCGGCUGAUCAGGACUUUCUGCUCUUUGACUCUCCCCCACCCUAUCUUCCCGGCCAGCCUGCUCCCCCGCAGGAACCCCCACAACAACCAGAGCGGGAUGUGCAACCUUCUGCACCACCCCUUGAUUCCACGAGGGCAGGAGAAGAAGUCUCAGCUUUUCCUCUUCGCUCGGUGGCUGGCCAGAUGCAGUACUGGCCAUUUUCUGCUUCCGAUCUUUACAAUUGGAAAACCCAUAACCCCUCUUUCUCUCAGGACCCCCAGGCUCUGACUGGGCUGAUCGAGUCAAUUUUAUUGACUCAUCAGCCCACCUGGGAUGAUUGUCAGCAGCUUCUGCAGACCCUCCUCACUACUGAGGAAAAGCAGCGUGUCUACCUUGAGGCACGGAAAAACGUCCCUGGAGCAGAUGGCCGACCGACCCUAUUGCCAAACGAAAUCGAGGAGGCGUUUCCCUCAACCCGUCCUGAUUGGGACUACACCACCGUUGCUGGUAGGGAGCGACUUCGUCUUUACCGCCAGAUUCUCCUUGCGGGUCUCAGAGGGGCUGGAAAGCGCCCCACCAAUUUGGCCAAGGUACGUGCAGUAGUACAGGGGGCUGAGGAAACGCCGGCAGGCUUCCUAGAAAGAUUAAUGGAAGCCUACCGUAUGUACACCCCGUUUGACCCCCUGGCAGAGGACCGGCAGGGAGAUGUAAUCAUGUCCUUUAUAGGACAGUCAGCGCCGGACAUCCGCAAUAAAUUGCAGCGGCUAGAGGGGCUUCAGGGGUAUACUAUACAAGAUUUAAUGAAGGAGGCAGAAAAGAUUUACAACAAAAGGGAGACCCGAGAGGAGAAGGAGGAAAGGAUCCGCAAGGAGCAGGAGGAAAGGGAAGACAAAAGAGACAAAAGACGUAAUCGAGAGCUUAGUAGAAUUUUGGCCACCGUAGUGCAGGAUACAGAAAGGAGUAGACCAGGACAGAAUAGGGACUUGGGAGACAAACGAAAGCCUCGGGUGGAAAGAGAUCAAUGUGCCUAUUGUAAAGAAAGAGGACACUGGGUCAAAGACUGCCCGAAGAAAACACAGGGACCAAAGAAGAGACCAGUUCCAAUCCUGUCCCUGGAAGAAGACGACUAGGUGAGUCAGGGCCAGGAGCCCCCCCCUGAGCCCAGGAUAACCCUUGAAGUGGGGGGCAGACCGGUAACCUUCCUGAUUGACACGGGAGCCCAGCACUCGGUACUGACUUCAGAAAAAGGGCCUUUAAGCUCCAAGACUUCCUGGGUUCAGGGGGCAACUGGAGGGAAGUUAUAUCGCUGGACAACCAAUCGAGAGGUCCAGUUAAGUACAGGACUUGUGACACACUCGUUCUUACUAGUGCCAGACUGCCCCUACCCCCUCCUGGGCAGGGACCUACUCUCGAAGGUAGGAGCCCAAAUUCACUUCCAUGAGAAAGGAGCUACCAUCACAGACUCAGGAGGGCGGCCCCUCCAGGUAUUAACACUACGCUUGGAGGACGAACACCGAUUAUUUGAGAGGCCCUCGUCCACCAUGGCUCCCCUGGACCCCAAGUGGCUCACAGAUUUUCCUCAGGCCUGGGCAGAGACUGCGGGAAUAGGGCUGGCCGUCAACCGGCCUCCCUUGAUCAUAGAUCUGAAGCCCACGGCCAUUCCCGUGUCAGUUCGUCAAUAUCCGAUGGGCAAGGAAGCUAAGGAAGGUAUCCGGCCACAUAUCCAGAGACUGUUACACCUAGGCAUUUUAAAACCUUGUCGUUCACCUUGGAACACCCCCCUACUACCAGUAAAGAAGCCUGGUACGGGUGACUACCGCCCGGUACAGGACUUGCGGGAGGUUAAUAGGAGAACGGAGGAUAUGCAUCCCACAGUGCCCAACCCCUACAAUCUGCUAAGUACCUUGCCUCCGACCCACGUAUGGUACACUGUGUUAGAUCUAAAAGAUGCAUUCUUUUGUUUAAGACUGAGCCCUCAGAGCCAAUCCAUCUUUGCUUUUGAGUGGAAAGACCCAGAGACCGGGUUUUCAGGACAACUCACCUGGACAAGGUUGCCCCAAGGAUUUAAAAACUCGCCUACCUUGUUUGACGAAGCUCUGCACCUAGAUUUGGCCGACUUCCGAGUUAACCAUCCGGACCUGGUCCUCCUGCAAUAUGUGGACGACCUCCUCCUUGCCGCUGAAACUGAGCAGGACUGCCUAAAAGGUACCGGGGCCCUGCUACAGAGACUGGGGGAAUUGGGCUAUCGAGCCUCCGCGAAAAAGGCCCAAAUAUGUCAGAAACAGGUGGCCUACCUAGGCUACCUCCUAGAAGGAGGGCAACGGUGGCUGACAGAGAGCCGAAAAAGGGUGGUUGCUCUAAUUCCACCCCCCACCGAUGCCAGAAAGAUGCGGGAAUUCCUCGGGAGUGCGGGAUUCUGCCGCCUUUGGAUUCCUGGGUUUGCGGAGCUGGCAGCCCCAUUGUACCCCCUCACGAAGUCCAAUGCUCCCUUUCAAUGGAGAGAAGAGCAACAGCGGGCGUUUGGCAACAUAAAAAAGGCCCUAUUGUCAGCCCCAGCCCUGAGCCUCCCUGAUAUGACCAAGCCCUUCACAUUAUACGUGGAUGAGAAUAAGGGAGUGGCGAAGGGAGUGCUAACACAAAUGCUUGGACCCUGGAAAAAGCCGGUGGCAUACUUUUCAAAAAAGCUAGACAAUGUAGCGGCCGGCUGGCCUCCGUGCCUCCGCAUGAUAGCGGCCGUGGCAGUUCUGGUGAAAGACUCGGAUAAAUUGACUCUAGGCCAACCUCUCACCAUAGUGGCACCUCAUGCUGUGGAGACAGUUAUCCGCCAGCCACCAGAUCGGUGGCUCUCAAAUGCUCGGAUAACUCAUUACCAGACUAUGUUAUUAAACUCAGAGCGGGUCCGGUUUGGGACUGCCACCUCUUUAAACCCGGCCACCCUGCUCCCGGAACUGGGGCCCCAGGCCCAGGUAAUCCAUAACUGUCAUCAAAUCCUGGCUGAGGCCCACGGCACCCGAAAAGACCUAACCGACCAGCCUCUGCCGGAUGCCGAAAUGACCUGGUUCACGGAUGGGAGCAGCUUUCUACAGAACGACACCUUCUCCGGAUGGACUGAGGCAUUCCCCACAAAACGGGAAACCGCCCGGGUGGUCGUCAAGAAGAUCAUAGAGGAGAUCUUCCCCCGGUUCGGCUUGCCUAAGGUAAUCGGGUCCGACAAUGGCCCAGCGUUUGUCUCCCAGGUAAGUCAGUUGGUGGCCAAAGCAUUAGGCAUAAAUUGGAAAUUGCACUGUGCCUAUAGACCCCAAAGUUCAGGACAGGUAGAAAGAAUGAACAGAACAAUUAAAGAGACCUUGACCAAAUUAGCGUUGGAGACUGGUGUUAAAGACUGGGUCCAACUCCUCCCUAUGGUGUUGUUCCGGGUCCGAAACACGCCCUCUCAUUGCGGGCUGACACCAUACGAAAUCCUUUAUGGAGGGCCCCCACCAGUAGCAGGCUUGCUUGACCUUGCCAGUGACUCUGUUGCCGAUGCCCCUAAGUUACAGGCCCGGUUGAGAGCACUCCAGAUCAUCCAGAACCAGGUCUGGAAACCUCUUGCAGCAGCCUACCAACCCAAGACGACAACCAUUCCACAUCCUUUCCAAAUCGGUGAUGCUGUGUAUGUCCGAAGGCACCAAUCUAAGACUCUAGAGCCCCGGUGGAAAGGCCCCUUCACUGUGCUGUUGACAACUCCCACCGCUCUCAAGGUCGACGGAAUCGCUGCUUGGGUCCACGCCUCACACGUGAAGCGAGCACCACCUCCCCAGGGCCCCGAGGAUCCGGAUAGACCAGCCAAAUGGAAGCUCCAGCGCACUCAGAACCCACUCAAGCUAAGACUUUCAAAAACUGUCUAAUAUUUGUGAUGUUCCUGGCCUUUCCCCAUUGUUUUUCCAAUCCCCAUGCUCCACAAUUGUUAACGUGGAACCCAACCCAGUCCAGCAAGAACAGAGUUCCCUCCCUCCAGUGAGGCAGGCUCUCCCCAGGCCGGUCCAAUAGAUUUUAGGAUUAAAAUCUUUGCAAAAAGAAAAGGAGGGAAUGAAGGACCCUUAUGGGGGAGAGGGACAAGAAACUAG